GGAUUACACAGCAUUAAGGAGCCAAGAGAGGAAACAUGUGGUGCCUGGAGACCUGUGCCUGCCUGUUCCAUUCCACACCCAGUCAUCUCACCACACCCUUCUCUCUUUAUAUUCCGCCCCAGUCCAGGAACUUUGAGCCACAGAGAGGGAGAGAAGGAAGAGGAAACACAGUUCCCUGCCCAACCCCAGCCACACAUACACCUAGGGCAACCAACAGGUAGGCAAGCUUGUGGAGAUUGCUCAGAGAGAAUCCUGGGAACAACGAACAGGUUUGAGCCUGGAAAAGACGAAGAAAAGUAAGAGAUCAAAGCCAGGUUGGCACUGGCUCCCACUCCGGAUUCAGCCUCCACCCCGACCCCCAUUUUGACAUCAGCCUCGGGCUCAACUCCGGCCCCCAGUCUGCCCGAUUGCAUCCUCCCUCCCUCCCUCUCCGGCCUGACUUGCGCCAGAACCUGCUCCUCCGGGAUCCAGUAGCCGCCCCCCAAACCAUGGCUGGUCCCUUCUCUCGUCUGCUGUCCGCCCGCCCUGGGCUCAGGCUCCUAGCUUUGGCCGGAGCUGGGUCUCUAGCCGCUGGGAUUCUUCUUCGCCCGGAACCCGUACGAGCCGUCAGUGAACGAAGAAGGAUGUACCCCCCGAGCCAGACAUGGCUAACUGGACAGCUUCCAGCUGACAGCAGUAGGCCUAGUCUCCUGUGCCCUCCCUCCAUGAUUACUGGGUACCCCCUCCCCAGCGCUGAGUACCCAGACCUCCGAAAGCACAACAACUGCAUGGCCAGUCACCUGACCCCAGCAGUCUAUGCACGGCUCUGCGACAAGACCACACCCACUGGUUGGACGCUAGAUCAGUGCAUCCAGACUGGCGUGGACAACCCUGGCCACCCCUUCAUCAAGACUGUGGGCAUGGUGGCUGGAGAUGAGGAGACCUAUGAGAUAUUUGCUGAACUGUUUGACCCUGUGAUUAAAGAGAGACACAAUGGAUAUGAUCCCCGGACAAUGAAGCACACCACUGAUCUCGAUGCCAGUAAGAUCCGUUCUGGCUACUUUGAUGAGAGGUAUGUAUUGUCCUCAAGAGUCAGAACUGGCCGAAGUAUCCGGGGACUCAGUCUGCCUCCAGCCUGCACACGGGCAGAGCGACGAGAAGUGGAACGUGUUGUGGUGGAUGCACUGAGUGGCCUGAAGGGUGACCUGGCUGGACGCUACUAUAGGCUCAGUGAGAUGACAGAGGCUGAGCAGCAGCAGCUUAUUGAUGAUCAUUUUCUAUUUGAUAAACCUGUGUCCCCAUUGCUGACUGCAGCAGGAAUGGCUCGAGACUGGCCAGAUGCUCGUGGAAUCUGGCACAACAAUGAGAAGAGCUUCUUAAUCUGGGUGAAUGAGGAAGAUCACACACGGGUCAUCUCUAUGGAGAAGGGUGGCAACAUGAAGAGAGUGUUUGAAAGAUUCUGCCGGGGCCUCAAAGAGGUAGAGCGGCUGAUCCAGGAGCGUGGCUGGGAGUUCAUGUGGAAUGAGCGUUUGGGAUACAUUUUGACCUGUCCAUCUAACCUGGGCACUGGACUUCGGGCAGGAGUCCACAUCAAACUGCCCCUGCUAAGCAAAGAUAGCCGCUUCCCAAAGAUCCUGGAGAACCUAAGACUCCAAAAGCGUGGUACUGGAGGAGUGGACACUGCUGCCACAGGCAGUGUCUUUGACAUCUCUAAUUUGGAUCGACUGGGCAAGUCAGAGGUGGAAUUGGUGCAACUGGUCAUCGAUGGAGUAAACUAUUUGAUUGACUGUGAACGGCGUCUGGAGAGAGGACAGGACAUUCGCAUCCCUGCACCUCUUGUCCACAACAAACAUUAGCUCCCCAUUCCUGGCAGAUGACUCAAGAGCCCCAGGACUUCUGCCCAUUUAAUGGUGGCCCAUUCUAUUUGCCCUAGACCUGUCCCCCACCCCCAGCCUCCAUCCUAGUAAAGACUCCCUGCUAUGUUCCAGUCGUCUGUGUUAUUUAUAUUGAUGGGGUGAGGAGGGAGCAGCCUCCAGAAAAUGAGGUGAAGCAGUGGGGUUAUUUAUGAUGGAAAAAGUCUCCAGAUAUGGCAUGCUAAGAACACUGAAUCUCAGGUGGGUGGAAAGCAUUAGCAUUUUACCCAUAAUCCUCAUCAGCUUCCUGAGGAUAAUUAGGAUACACUUCCAUUUGCAUUUUAUUCAUUAUGACGUUAUUAUUUCUCUCCCAACAAUCUCCCUCAGCUGAAAAGACAGGAUCAUAGCAGCUGGUUAACAAAGCUGAUGAGUAAUGCCAGGGCCCAGGGGGAUUCUGACCAGUCCUGGAGGCCCCACGCUGAGCUUCGACCUGUAAACAGACAAAGAAUGGAGGAAUAUCACAGUUCUGCUCCCUGGGAGCCAUUGGGACUUAGAAAUUAACUCUCUGCCUACAGACCCUUCUACUCCA